AUGCUGGAGAAAAACAUCACUCUGGUCAGUGAAUUCAUCCUGGUGGGCUUUCCCACUGCCCCAUGGUUACAGAUUCUACUCUUUUUUCUCUUCCUUGUGGUCUACCUAUUGGUGAUAGCAGAGAAUCUCAUCAUCAUGCUUACUGUUUGGGUCACUGGCUCCCUCCAUAAACCCAUGUACUAUUUUCUGUGUAGUUUGUCCUUUCUGGAAGUCUGGUAUGUAUCUGUUACAGUUCCUAAAAUGUUGGAUGGAUUUCUCCUGCAGAGACGGCGCAUCUCCUUCACAGGGUGCAUGGCUCAGCUCUACUUUUUCAUCUCACUUGCCUGCACAGAAUGUGUGCUCCUAGCCGCCAUGGCCUAUGACCGCUAUGUAGCCAUCUGCCACCCUCUCCAAUACCCAGUCAUCAUGACUACUGGUUAUUGUCUACAGCUGAUGGCUUUCUCCUAUUUCAGUGGUUUUAUGAUCUCCGUCAUCAAAGUCUACUUUAUUUCUCAUGUUGCCUUCUGUGGCUCCAAUGUUAUGAAUCACUUUUUCUGUGACAUCUCACCAAUCCUCAAACUGGCCUGCAAAGACAUGUCUACAGCUGAGUUAGUGGACUUUGCCUUGGCUAUUGUCAUUCUUGUCUUCCCUCUUAUUACUACUGUCCUCUCCUAUGUCUACAUUGUCUCCACCAUUCUACGUAUACCCUCCACCCAAGGAAGGAAGAAGGCCUUCUCCACUUGUGCAUCUCACCUCACUGUAGUCAUCAUCUAUUACACAGCCAUGAUUUUUAUGUAUGUUCGCCCCAGAGCUAUUGCAUCCUUUAAUUCCAACAAACUGAUCUCUGCUGUGUAUGCUGUCCUCACACCUUUGCUAAAUCCUUUCAUUUAUUGCCUUAGGAACCAGGAAGUCAAGAAUGCUAUCAAGAAGACCGUUGGGGGUUAA